AUGAUCAUUCGCGACAAUGGAGAGAUUGAGUCCGAAGAUGAUCCAGAGCCAGAGACGCCAGAGAAAGAAGAAGAGCCUGAGGAGUAUGAGGCUGUGCCUGUCCAAGGCAAACUUUUGGUGGCCAGGCGUGUCUUGAGUACUCAAGUCAGGACCGAUAAAGAUGAGCAGCGCGAGAACCUCUUUGACACGCGAUGCUUAGUCCAAGACAAGGUGUGUAGCUUAAUCAUCGAUGGAGGAAGUUUCACCAAUGUGGCGAGUGAGACUAUGGUUGAGAAGUUUGGACUCAUUACCAAGAAGCAUCCACGGCCGUAUCAGCUUAACUGGCUGAAUGAAACUGGAGAAAUGAGUGUCAACAACCAAGUAGUUGUGCCUUUAUCUAUUGGCAACUAA